AUGUCAUCAUCUCUUUGUCCAAGAAUGAAACCAGCCGUCAAUGAAAACAUUAACGUCUAUCUCGAAGAUCGUGAUUUAUGGAUGAAGUUUAAAUCAUUAACGAAUGAAAUGAUUGUAACAAAAGCGGGAAGACGAAUGUUUCCCGUAUUUAAAGUUUCGAUUCGUGGACUUGAUCCUGAAGCAAUGUAUACAAUUGAAUUAUAUUUUGAUCAAGUUGAUCCACAUCGUUGGCGUUAUGUUAAUGGGCAAUGGCAACCUGGUUCAAAACCGGAUCCACCCAUUCAACGUGGUCCCUAUGUACAUAAUGAGUCACCAAAUUUUGGUAAACAUUGGAUGAAAGAUACAAUUGCAUUUUCAAAAGUAAAAUUAACAAAUAAAACAAAUCACACAGGACCAACACAGAUUGUUCUUAAUUCAUUACAUAAAUAUGAGCCAAAAAUUCGUAUAUCUCAAGUAAUUCAUACGUCGAAACGUGCCAAUGAAACAAUUCCCGUUUAUACAACAAGUUUUCCUGAAACAGAAUUUAUUGCUGUAACGGCAUAUCAAAAUGAUGAUAUCACAGCACUAAAAAUUCGUUAUAAUCCAUUUGCUAAAGCAUUCUUAGAUACAAAUAAAAGAGAUGAACGAGAAAUAGCUGAAGAAUAUAAUUUACAACAAAAUGGUUUAUCAUUUUUUGGUCCCUCUAAUCCAUAUCAUCCAUUUUCACCAAAUUUUAGUUUUUUUGAUACACAUUAUCAUUCAAAUGGUGUUGAUAGAUUAAAAUUUCAUAAUUAUCGUUCAACUCCAUAUCCAUCAUUGUACAACCAAAAUACAACGAGAACAAACACACGAAAAUCACCACCGAAUUCUUCCUAUCCCACCAAAAUUGAACCAUAUAAUUUUUCAUUUGAUCCAUUUUAUAAUCCAACGUCUGUUUCAUCUUCUUCCAAUAGUCCAUGUUCAUCGAUGAUAUCAAUGUUUCCAUCAUCCACACCAUCUGGUAUUCCACCAUCAUCUUCAACCAACUACAUCUAUCCAAUGUCUUGUUUAUCACCAUCAUCAUACACAUAUCCAUAUUCUUAUCCAACAGUAUCGCCAUCAUCAACAUUAAAUUAUUGUCAAGCAUCAACAUCUUCUCCAGCUUCUUUGCCACUACCUUCCACAACAUCGUUGCUGUUACAACAAUCUAUCUCAACUUCAGCCUCAUCAUCUCCUAAUAACAAUAUAAAUACAAAUACAUCAGGACUCUAUGAUAUACGACAAAGAUCGCCAACAGCAUCCAAUGAUAGCAAUCGAUAUUAA